CUGGGAUGGAACGGUGCGGCAUCUCAGUCAACUAGCGUAUUCUCGCACCCAAUGGCCCUAUCGGGAUAUUCUGAGAUGAAUAGUCUGGCGCAUCGGAGCAACAUCAUGACAUUGACGCAACAACAUCGCUCAGCCAGCCAGAGCGACUUCGAAGGAAGGAAGCGCAAAAAGGGCAAGAAGCAACGUAGCACGAAGUUAGACACAUCGGAAAGCGAAUCAAGCAGCUCAGUAGGGUCGAACAGUAGCGACGAGAGAGAACAAAUCAAGAAGACAAAAAAGCUGCUCAGAAAGCUCGAAAAGGACCGGAAGAAGCGCAAACAUCGAUGAGGAUGAGCUCACAAGGAGAAGCAUGAUGGCACAAGGGGCGACACUUUGUAUCAUUCCAAGAAAUUAAAAAACUCAUAGGCUGACGAAU